CAACCCGUCAUUAACCAUCUCCAAUUUCCUUUGUUUGUCGUAGAUCGCCUUCUACACCACCAAACAUCCACGGCAUCGCGGUCAUAAUACGUCGGCGCCUUCCGCCAUGGAUAUGUAUAUUCGCGUUAAGCGGGAUAAGACAACCUACUUCAUCCAGUGUCAACCAACUGAGACAAUUGAACAAAUUAAGGGUAAAUUGCAUGCUCUUACAGAACAGCCCAUAAAAGAUCAGCGCCUGAUUCUAUUGGAAACUGGGGGGAUUUUGGAUGAUGCAAAGACAUUGGCAGAUCAGAAGGUUGCUAAUGAUGCUGUAGUGGCACUGGCUUUGAGACAAGGUGACAACGGAUUUGAGGAUGUGAAUAUCGUGAAACCAGAAGAUUUUAUGCCAACCUUGUGAUCUAGACCGCAGUGCCAAUUGGUGAUGCAGGGCCAAGUGGAACCGUCAUUGCUUUCCCUAGUAACAUAUUUUUGCAUGUAUUUUGCAAUAGCUGUUUUAGUUUUAUUAACCUCUUCACAUUUUGUAGUGUGGAUCUUAUUUUUGCUAGCUUUGUGGAAAGACUAAAAGUUGCUGUUUACUAUUAAAAAUUUAUUUACAACGCUAAUACUGUUCGAAAACACUGUUAUUC